ACCUAGUUGAGAAUCUCCCUCUUAUCAAAUAUAUUUUGUCUUCAAAACUAGCUUAGCCGGCCGGUUAACUAGGGGGUGAAGCCAAAUGUCAGUCUCCCACUCCUAUUCGAUUAUGAUAACCUAGUGCUUGGUUCACUAAUAGAUUGGAGCAGGUAAAAAGCUAUAUUUAGCAAGAUCCAUGAAGUGAAUAACCGUCCGGUUAUGUAGUCGAUGGAACUAGAUUUUCUCCAUAGCGCAUUUUUGCUUGGAUAGAAUAGUGAUUAUAAUUACCUGUACAUUCUUUCUUUUAGGAGACACGUGAAAAUUCAUUUGUUUAUUUUGUUUUGGAAAUUCAAGUGAUACCUGAUAAUUAUCAUCGCCAAGAUGAGUAUCAUAUGCGAUUUCGUUAUGAAAAACUACAAACUACAACAGAUCAAAAUAAAAACCAAACAAACAUAAUACAAUAUAUGUUUAGUAAUGAUUCUAAUGAACAACAACAACUUUUUGCCUCAUAUUAUAAUCGUAUUGCAACAAUGCCUCGUAUAACAAAAAUAAAGGAUGUGUUACCAAACAAUAUUGGUUCAAAAUUACUUAUGCAGGUAUAG